AUGGACAGAAUUAACCAGUCCAGUGUCACCGAAUUCCUCCUCUUGGGUCUCUCUGAGAGCCCAGCGCAGCAGCCUUUCCUGUUUGGCAUCUUCCUGGGCAUGUACCUGGUCACUGUUUUGGGGAACCUGCUCAUCAUCCUGGCCAUCAGCUUUGACCCUCACCUUCACACCCCCAUGUACUUCUUCCUGGCCAACCUCUCAUUUGCCGAUGCCUGCUUUUCUUCCACCACAAUCCCCAAGAUGCUGGUGAACAUCCAGACACAGAGUCAGACCAUAUCAUAUGGGGGUUGCUUGACCCAGAUGCAGUUUUUCAUGAUAUUCGGGGCCCUGGACGACUUCCUCUUGGGGGUGAUGGCUUAUGAUCGCUAUGUGGCCAUCUGCAAGCCUCUGCACUACUCCACACACAUGAGUCUUCUUGUGUGCGUGCUUUUCCUCAUGGCAUGCUGGGUCCUCACCAUCCUCGCUGCCCUCUUACACACCCUGCUCAUAACCACACUUAUGAGGAGGGAGAACCAGAGCAGCGUGUCCCAGUUCCUCCUCCUGGGGCUCCCCAUCCCGCCAGGGCAGAAGGGCCUAUUCUUCACCCUGUUCCUGGGCAUGUACCUGACCACGGUGCUGGGCAACCUGCUCAUCAUCCUGCUCAUCAGGCUGGACUCUCACCUGCACACGCCCAUGUACUUCUUCCUCAGCCACUUGGCCUUCACUGAUGUCUGCUUUUCAUCUGUCACUGUCCCUAAGAUGCUCACAAACAUGCAAACCCAGCACCUAUUUAUCCCCUAUGAAGGCUGUAUUUCACAGACAUAUUUUUUCAUACUCUUUGCUGAUCUGGACAGUUUCUUGAUCACAUCAAUGGCUUAUGACAGGUAUGUGGCCAUCUGCCACCCUCUGCAGUACACCACCAUCAUGAGUCAGAACGUUUGUGUCAUGCUGGUGGCUGGGUCCUGGGUCAUUGCUUCUGCUUGUGCUCUUUUGCAUACCCUCCUCCUAGCCCGUCUGUCCUUCUGUGCUGACCACACUGUCCCACACUUCUUCUGUGACCUUGCGGCCCUGCUCAAAUUGUCCUGCUCAGACACUUCUCUCAACCAACUGGUAAUCUUUACUGCAGGAUUAACAGCCAUUAUGCUUCCAUUCUUAUGCAUCUUGGUUUCUUAUGGUCAUAUUGGGGCCACCAUCCUCCGGGUUCCCUCUGCCAAGGGUAUCCGUAAAGCUCUGUCUACAUGUGGUUCUCAUCUCUCAGUAGUGACUUUGUAUUAUGGGGCAAUUAUAGGUCUAUAUUUUCUUCCUUCAUCCAACAACAGCAAUGGCAAUAACAUAAUCGCUUCAUUGAUGUACACAGUGGUGACUCCCAUGCUGAACCCCUUUAUUUAUAGCCUGAGAAAUAAAGACAUGAAAGGGGCACUGAGGAAAUUCUUGCAUAAGAAAACAUCCAGCUGA